AACACCCCAUGCAUGGCCCAUCCAUGGCAUGCCAAGCUUUGUUCAUGUUGUUCCGAGUUACAUUUUGCCCAGUUUGAUUUCUUCUUCGUACAUCGUCGUUGCUUGCAGACCAUCUUUACAGGAUAGACACCAAGUGAAGACGAAAAUGGCACUGGCUGCCUAUUUUCGCCGUAGCCCAGGCCUCUUCAGAUCGUCUGCUCGGCUCAUGAGUUCAGAUUCUGAGCCCACGCGGACAUACGGUGGAUUAAAAGACUCGGAUAGGAUCUUCACUAAUCUGUAUGGAAGGCAUGACUGGAAGUUGAAGGGCGCCAUGUCACGAGGUGACUGGUACAAGACCAAAGAGAUACUGCUGAAGGGUCAUGAGUGGAUUCUAAAGGAGGUCAAGGAUUCUGGCCUUCGAGGUCGUGGAGGUGCAGGAUUUCCAUCCGGGCUGAAGUGGAGCUUCAUGAUCAAGCCUACGGAUGAUGGCAGGCCAAAGUACCUGGUAGUGAAUGCUGAUGAGGGCGAGCCAGGAACCUGCAAGGAUCGUGAAAUCAUGCGCCAUGACCCUCACAAGUUGGUGGAAGGUUGCCUGGUGGCUGGCCGUGCAAUGGGAGCACGAGCAGCGUACAUCUAUAUUCGUGGAGAGUUCUACAAUGAGGCCAGUAAUAUGCAAGUUGCUAUUCAGGAGGCGUAUGCCGCUGGUUUGAUUGGCAAGAAUGCUUGUGGCAGUGGCUAUGACUUUGAUAUCUACAUGCACCGCGGUGCUGGUGCUUAUAUCUGCGGAGAAGAAACGGCACUCAUCGAGAGCUUGGAAGGAAAGCAGGGCAAGCCUCGUCUGAAGCCACCGUUCCCCGCGGAUGUCGGUGUGUUUGGCUGCCCGACAACGGUGGCCAAUGUGGAAACAGUUGCUGUUGCACCAACAAUCUGUCGGCGAGGAGGCAGUUGGUUUGCUUCCUUUGGUCGACCCCGUAAUACAGGCACUAAGCUGUUCUGCAUCUCAGGGCACGUCAAUCAGCCAUGUACCGUGGAAGAAGAGAUGUCCAUUCCUCUCAAAGAACUGAUUGAGCGGCACUGCGGUGGUGUCAUUGGUGGCUGGGAUAACUUGCAAGCUAUCAUCCCUGGUGGAUCGUCUGUACCACUUCUGCCACGCAAAGCCUGUGAAGAUGUUUUGAUGGACUUUGAUGCACUUGUUGCUGUUCAGUCUGGUCUGGGAACUGCAGCAGUCAUUGUUAUGAAUAAUCAGGUGGACAUAGUUCACUGCAUUGCUCGUCUCAUUGAGUUUUACAAACACGAGAGCUGUGGCCAGUGUACGCCAUGUCGGGAAGGAGUUGGAUGGCUUAACAAGAUGAUGAAGCGCUUUACAAGCGGCAAUGCUCGUCCUGAUGAGAUAGACAUGAUGUGGGAACUGAGCAAGCAGAUUGAAGGUCACACCAUCUGUGCAUUGGGCGAUGCAGCUGCAUGGCCUGUCCAGGGUCUCAUUCGCCAUUGCCGUCCACAACUGGAGGCUCGUUUCAAGGCCUUCGCAGAGUCUGGUGGUGAAGGUGACUUACAGGCACAGAGAGUUGCUUCGACGUAGUAGUUCACUCUGGUAUAGCUUGCAUACACAUGUCACUGGAAAUCAUUCACUUUGAACACUGGGUGUGCAUGCUCGGGUUGGCCUUUAAACACGCCUUGAGAGUAGAUGCACCACGUGUGUACGUCUACCGGUACUGCUACUUGCAGGCUUCACGUGCACACCUGUAAUUUAUUCUAUGACUGACAUCCUUUGUUGUGCAUGCUGGUUACACUACUCAUAUCCUUUUACUGGCUUCCUGCCCCCCCCCCCCCCCCCCCCCUCAUCUUCUCAUUUUCCAUAUUGAUUUCUUAUUCAUAGGCAACUUUUAUGUGUAACUCAGCAGGAUUUCUGCUCGGGUCUUCUUAGUUUUGUUCCGUGUGUUUGAUUGCACACGUUGAUCGUGAAGUUUUAGUUUGCAUUCGAUUCAUCUUUCCCAUAGCCUUGUCUACAUACAGUGCACUCUUGUUUUGCCUCAUCGCUGUACAGUGCCCACUGCAUGUGGGUUUUUUUGUGUGUGUUGAAAUGCUACUUUUUAUUCAUGUGUCAUUCAUGUUUUAUCCUCUUUAGCCCUUACUGCAUUUGCAAUUUCUUACUCAUAAUAGGUUUAGUGUGCUGCAAGUGCUUCCUAUUUUUAUUUCAAUUCUUUUAUCUUCAACACUGCCCGCAAUCAUGUGCUGAGAACCUGAAGCACAGCGCUGUUGCUACUGCCUUUUAUAAUCCAGCAUUGCACAAUGGCCGAUGCUGCUGCUGCUGGUGUUUCUACACUGUUUUAGUUGAUCAAAGUACUACUAUGAAUACAAUGUCGUGUAGCUCA